AGCAGGACAGCCCUGCUGCUGAUGGCGACAGUCAGGGGAGUGUCCCUGUUGACAGCAGCAGACCUGACUGUAACACACACACACACACACACACACACACACACACACACACACACUAAGCUAGCCGGCCAGCCAGCUAGCUAGCUAGCUGCACAACACUCAUUGGUCACGUCAAACCAAGCUAACCAUACACUUUCUUCAGAUAUCCACCAUGGAUUUGAAUAAUAUCUUGUCGCAGCUUGAAACUGCCAACGGAGAGGAAGUCGAGAAGCUUCUGCAGCAGUAUAAUCGAGAGAACAGUCACACCUUCACUUUUGACCAAAAGGAAGAAACCCUGCGGAGUAAGCUGUGUCAGAGUGUGUUGACAGUACUUGGGAGGCAGGUGCAGUCCAGCUGUCAGAAGACAUGUCUGGAGACACUCCGCAUCCUGUCCAGAGACAAGCGUGUCCUCGCACCUGUAGCCACCAGGGAGGGCAUGCUGAUCCUGGGAGGGAUGGCGGGGCUGUAUGCUGGAGAGGAAGAAGGUGACAGUGAAAAAAGCUCUCAGGAAGACAUCCAGUCAGAGGAGGAGGAGAGAGUGGUGGUGGAGGCCUUGAAGUGCUUAUGCAAUGUGGUGUACAACAGUCCUGCAGCUCAGCAGGUUAGUGUAGAUGUACAGCUGGCUCAUGGCCUGUGUGCCACCCUGCGUACAGUCCGCACAUGGCACCACGAGGUGGGCCUGUUCACACUGCGCCUUCUCUUCCUGCUGUCUGCCCUGAGACCUGAUCUGAGAGGAGUUUUGAGGAGAGAACUGCAUGCUGUGAGACUACUGACAGAGGUGCUGGAGCACACCCUGGAUGUGCGCUGGGUUGGUCCCUAUGAAGCUGCUUGUCCAGAUCCGCAGGCCCUGCCCAUGCCUGCAAAGGACAAUGAGCGAGCAAUGGAAGUGCUCAAAGCCUUGUUCAACCUCACACUGUCUGAGGCUAGUGGUGAGGAGGAUGACCACCAGUUCAGACUCAUCGCUGCCAUCCUGCGCCAUCUGUUGAUGUUGAAGACUGAGACAGAGGAGAAAACAGAGGAAGCACACAGCCAUGCCAUCAAUCUGCUGAAUAACCUGCCUGUGUCCUGCCUGGACAAGCUAAUCGACGUGCCUGUCCAGGGAGGACUAGAGAAAUAUGGUGGGAAAAACAUGGAUGCAGUCCAGGUGUUGCUAGACUUCAUGGAGAAAAGGAUCGACAAGCAGGGCUCCAACUACAAAGAGGGUUUGACUCCGGUGCUCAGCCUUUUGACUGAAGGAUCCAGACACCACAGGGAGAUCCGCAUAUAUAUCAAAGCUCAGGUACUUCCCCCACUGAAAGAUGUGAAGAUCAGGCCAGAGAUUGGCACCGCCGUCAGAAACAAGUUGGUUCGCCUUAUGACACAUGUUGACAUGGGUGUGAAGCAGACGGCUGCAGAGUUUCUCUUUGUCCUCUGCAAAGAAAGUGUGGACAACCUGUUGAAGUAUACAGGAUAUGGAAACGCAGCAGGACUCCUGGUGGCUCGAGGACUUCUUGCAGGAGGGAGAGGAGAGACUGAGUACUCUGAAGAUGAAGACUCAGACACAGAGGAAUACAAAUCUGCAAAACCCUUCAUCAACCCCAUCACUGGUCAUGUGGAGGAGCCGAUGCCGAACCCCAUUGAAGAGAUGACAGAGGAGCAGAAGGAGUAUGAAGCCCAGAAACUUGUUAAUAUGUUUGACAAGUUGUCAAGGCAGAACGUGAUCCGGCCAAUGGGGGUCAGGCCCGACGGGACGUUAGCACCUCUUGAAGAAACUCUCUGUGAUCCACCUGAAGACAACUCAGGAUCAGACUCUGACUAGUGCACUGUCCAUCUAGGCCACAUUUUCCAGGCUAAGCUCACCGGGCCCCAACAGAUCUAAAGCUGUGUCCCAUUCAAGGGCUGGGUCCUUCUGGUGCCCACGAAGGUGGGUCCUUCAGAGGAGCUAAAACUUGGCUGAACUUGUGCCUCCGCCCUAAAUGAGAGUCUACUGUCACAGAAACAGAGUGUAGAGCAGAAGUCCGUCAAAAGAUCCAGAUGCUGUCCUGAUAACUCCCAAUAAAUCACACUCUAUUAACUUAAAUGGAUUGGCAGAUAUCAGUACAAUGCGUGGAUCUACUCAGUGAAACCCAAAUUUAAUUAAUUUAGGCUCCACUUUUCAACUCGUAUCACCAGGAAAUUGCCCUAAAUUGGUCGACAGUUUAAAUUGUGUCAACUGGGACAAGAUUCAUGAUACCUGAGUUAACAUUACAAGUUUUAUUGUUUCACUGCAACAAAUGCAGCACAACUGGCAAGUAGUGUGUCAGGCUAAUGGUAAAUAUAUCCAUACAAUUUCUAUUUAUUUGUAAGUUUGUCAUGCAUUAUUUACACCUUGCAGUGUAACGGCCCGUUAGGACGUAUCCAGCCCUGAACUGGGACACAGCUCAACAUGUCACUGUAGAGGCCCCGUCGCAGCCGUGAUGCAUUCUCCAAAGUGGAAGUGGACUUGAUGUGUGGCAAAAAGACUUUGCUGUGGCAUCAUAAUGCAUAGGAGGCCUCCGUGGUUUAUUUUAUUGCUCCAAAAGUUGAGAAAACAGGUAAUACAAUUUUAGCUGGAUCUUACUGAAAGCACUGAUAUGUUUGUUAAAAGUGUAAUUGGGUCUGAAUAAUCAUUCCUUCACUUGUGCUUUUGUUUUUCACUUUAAGUUAAUUUUGUUCUGCUACAUGAUGAUUUUGUUCACUCUUUGUAUUUCUAGAUGACUCAAGUGCUAUACAUACAUACGAACAUGAAAUCAUUGUAAACUGUUGACAGUGAACCUAGUUCUUUAAAAUCAUGGGGCCUGUUCAGUACGGACCACAGGAUUGAUGUAUAUUUAGUAAUCAGGCAGUGUCAGUGUGGAUAGUUUUAACUUGCAGCUCACAGAGAGUCUAUAUUUGGUCGUGUAAUUAGGAUGAAUGUUGCACACCAGUUAGUUGCCAAGGAAACUUCCUGAAUUCAAGGCUUGUUGGCUUACGGUCGUGUCACUAAAAGGUGUUCUGGACAAGAAGACUUGUUCUUUUCAUUUAAAAUUAAGAUUUUGAAUGGAAAGAUGCAACACUUUUCCUGUGGUGGAUGAUAGUAAACAGAUAGUCAAGAAUCCACAACAGGCAGAAACAAAGAAAUGUGUAAAUUGCAAUGAUUGUUUUCUAAUCCAUGUUACUUUUGCCAAAUCUGCAUCCGUUCUCAGUAAUGUGAUUUUUUUUUUUCUAAAUUGAAAUUUUUGCUAAUUUUAUAUAAAUCCACUAGUUUGGUGUAUGUAGAAA